GUUGGUCUCUUUGCCAUUUGUUGGCUUCCCAGUCACAUCAUCUACUUGUAUCGUUCCUACCAUUAUUCACAGGUGGACACCUCCAUGGUUCAUUUUGGAUGCAGCGUCGGGGCUCGGAUUCUGGCUUUCACCAACUCCUGCAUCAACCCAUUUGCCCUUUACCUGCUCAGCGAGACCUUCAAGAGGCAGUUUAACCAGCAGCUGUGCUGCUGCUGUCAUUGCAUCCUCAAACACUCCCCACGGAGCCCAACCCAUUUUAACAUACGUGUGACCUCCAUCCACAGCACGCAUCACUCCAUAGCCAGCCUGACCACAGUUAAUGGCAAGCAGAUCUACCAGGAAGACAGUGUGUAAAGUCUAGUAUGGACUGCACAUGUCCAUAUUUCUGCUCACAACAUCGUUUAAUGUUG